UUGUAAAAAAUUAGACAUUAUGGGACGUAUUCAUAAAAAAUACUAUAGUGCUAAUGCGACAUUUCUUUCAGAUGAGCAAAGUAAUUCACAUAUACAAAAUAGUGGAAAUGUUUUUUCUUCGGAAUGUGAAUCUGAAUUAAUAAAAAUAACUGAACGCAUUCUAAAUGUGCUUGGAGAGGUCUGGAGUAAUCUAACAUUUGCGACCAGUACAUCUCGUAACCAACAAAGUGAGGGGGCAUAUAUAACAGAUGUUGUAGUUCCAUUGCUUCGUGCAAGUUUGGGAAAUCUUCCAAAUGGUUACAUCUGUUUGAGCACAGCAGAACGUCAGAGUCUUGCAACAAGGCUUGAAGAAAUAUAG